GUCGGAACACCGCCAUGUUGCCCUACAAAAUGAUCUCUCGGUCAAGUCGCAAACUUUUGGCUCUAGCUGCAUCGGGAGGCCAGUCACAGUCAAUAUGCCGAACCCUAGCAGCAUUGAAUCUCCAAUUCAAAAGAAGUUAUUCAAAUGGAGACACAGAUCUGGUAGUUAUCGGAUCGGGUCCAGGUGGUUAUGUUGCGGCUAUUAAGGCAGCCCAGCUCGGAAUGAAGACUGUAUGUGUAGAAAAGAAUGAUACUCUAGGAGGUACAUGCCUGAAUGUAGGCUGUAUACCAUCAAAGUCUCUCCUGAACAACUCACAGCUCUACCACCAAGCAGCAUCACAAGAUUUUGUAAACAGAGGCAUUGAUGUUGGAGCAGUCAAACUUAAUCUCCCAAAGAUGAUGGAAGUGAAAGCCGGAACAGUGAAAGCUCUUACUGGAGGCAUAGCUCAUUUAUUUAAACAAAAUAAAGUAACUCACAUACAAGGCCAUGGGACUAUAACAGGGGCAAAUGAAGUGACUGUUCAAAAAAGGGAUGGGACUUCAGAAGUGGUGCAAACCAAAAAUAUUCUUAUAGCAACUGGUUCUGAAGUGACUCCGUUCCCAGGCAUUGACGUGGAUGAGAAGACUAUUCUUUCAUCCACAGGAGCACUAGAGUUAGACAAAGUCCCAGAGAAGCUGGUACUAAUAGGAGCAGGAGUCAUUGGAGUUGAACUUGGCUCUGUUUGGCAAAGGCUGGGUGCCCAAGUAACAUGUGUGGAAUUCCUAGGACAUGUCGGAGGUUUGGGCAUUGACAUGGAGGUCUCCAAAAUGUUUCAACGUAGCUUACAAAAACAAGGUCUUAAAUUUAAACUCAACACUAAAGUGACCGGGGCAACCCGAGAGGGUGAAAACAUCAAAGUGGAUAUAGAAGCUGUGAAAGGUGGCAAAACAGAACAGCUUGACUGUGAUGUCCUACUAGUGUGUGUAGGUAGGAGGCCAUACACUGACAAACUUGGCUUGGAUUCAGUAGGGAUACAAACUGAUGACCGGGGAAGGGUACCUGUCAACAGCAAGUUCCAGUCAGCUGUUCCAAGUAUCUAUGCCAUUGGGGAUUGUAUACAAGGACCUAUGCUAGCCCACAAAGCAGAAGAUGAAGGUAUAAUAUGUGUAGAAGGUAUGCUUGGAGGGGCCAGCCACUUAGACUACAACUGUGUACCAUCUGUCAUAUACACCCACCCAGAAGUGGCAUGGAUUGGCAAAAAUGAGGAACAGUUGAAAGAAGAGGGUAUUCCAUACAAUGUUGGUAAGUUUCCCAUGGCAGCCAACAGCAGGUCCAAGUGCAACCAAGAUACUGAUGGAAUGGUGAAGGUGUUAGGCCACAAGGAGACAGACAGAAUGUUGGGUUGCCACAUUGUGACAUCAGUUGCAGGGGAACUGAUAAAUGAAGCCGCCCUGGCGAUGGAAUACGGAGCAUCUUGCGAAGAUAUGGCGAGAGUCUGCCAUGCGCAUCCAACUGUGGCUGAAGCUCUGAGAGAGGCUAACUUGGCGGCUUACUGUGGAAAACCUAUUAACUUCUAAUCAAUGUAAACAUUCAUUAGUUUUCAAAAUGCACGUGCAAGUCAUGUAUUGUACAUCUGGUCAUCUCUGAUCAACAUUAGAACACUGCAGGCUUUAAAAUGGACCUUUUGUUUCGUCAAGUUUCCCCACAAGUUACUAGCUUGGCAAGCAAAUGGUUGUUUAGGUUUGUAUGCAGUAUCAUGGACUACAGCACAGGUGUCAGUGUAUAUAUUUUCGAAGGCUUCUCUGGACUAACAUAUUCGGAAAGCUCCACAAAGGCAACCCGUCUUACUCCUGUACAUUUUACUGUCAAAUGGAACUGAAUGAUAUUAACCCCAGGCUAAUUUAAAUGCUUACCUUUGAUCAUAUCAUAGAUUGUUGGAUGUUUAUAGAGAAGUUGAUUACAUUUGAUGAUGUCAUGCACCUCUUGAAUGUGCCAAAUGGACAGAAAUUCAGAUGUUUCAAAGAUGUUUGACCAGUCUGAGUAGAAGAUUUCAACAUAUUGUACAAGAUACAUGUGUCGCCUAUUAAGCUAGUCUGUCUAUUUGAUGAUAUUAUAUGAGAGUAAUUUGGUAUUUUUGUUUUCCCAAGACUUGUUUUUCGCAAUUUCUAUGGAAAUUAUUAAUUAAAACUACUAGUUUAGCUGCACUAUACAACAUAGUACUGUACUGUAUUAUA